UCCAGUCGUUUGCAUCUUCAAUGGCCGUUUUAUGGACUAUAACAACCGUCAUAGCAAUGGCUGGUGUAUCGGCUUUCAAAGCUCGUGAGUCCUUUCAGCCGGUCGAUGUUGGUUUCCAGUUUUCCACGCCAGUUAAUUUGGCAAACACGUUACAAAACAGUGUGGCCGGCCCGCUCAGCCUCGUUCUCGUCGUCGCUUUUACUGGCAUUCUCGUGGCAGGUCUCAUCGUGCCCAAAUUAACUUCCGCUUGGUCGGCCCGUUCUUCCGAUGACGAUUUCAAUUCCAGUUGGUGGCGUCGAAUUUUGGAUCCCCUGGAUAUCGAAGAGGCUUUCGAAUUUAUGGACGAUCUGCGUGAUCCUUGUCGAAGGAAGAUCUUGUGUCACGUUCACAGUUUCGUGCCCUACGCUCCGACUUGGCUGCAGACCGUCUUCCGCCUCAUCAGUAGAAACAUCCGCGGUGUGGCGCGAUACAAGGAGGAUAUCAUACAAGGACUGGGAGGAGCUGAUUGUCACCAAAUCUAUCAAGCAGAAUGUCCGCAAACGGUUGGCCAACUUCUGACGAUGACCAGACCCAUUCGUCGCAUUCUCCAACAACAAGGCCGGCAUUUUCAUUCGACUGGCGACCGAUACUUUAAUUUCGUUUGACGGGCAAUGUCAGUGUUAUGUUGUAUGACGGAAGUGCAUGUAAGGAAGGAAAAAACUUGGGAUGUAGGGGGGUUAGUUUGAUAGCAAAAGAGUUGAGGAACGAACAGGUCAGAUGUUAUCCUAGCCCCAGGCUGCCAAGUUAGCUGGGCUCACCAAAGCUAUAUACUGUAUGUGGGUCACCAUUAAUUCGUCAUUGACAUUCGCUUGUUAGAGACCGUAAUACACAAUGCUAAUGGUGA